CUUUACUCAUUCAUGUACCUCAACUUAUUGAGAAUGUGUAGGCAGCUGCAGUUAUUGAGAAGAUCUGCAGAAUCUGUAGGCAGCUUGCAAACAGGGAACAUAGAUGACGUCCUUAGAAACUGUCAUUGCAUGUGUUCUAAAAGCGCAGGCAUUUUCUUUUAAAAACAUAACAAUAAAUUCAUCAGCCUCCGCAUCAAGAAAUGUUAUAUAAACUCAUCCACAUGCAAGUCGCAAUCAUGAACUGGUUUAAAAGCUUACAGUGUAACAUCAAGUGAAUAUUUUUCUUACAACAAAAUGGUUGGAGCAAAUAUAUUAUUUUUCAUAUUCGUGCAUGCAACAUCUGGAUCUGUUCUGCAUAAAAAUGGACAAGAUGGCAACAAAGAAAUUUCGAAGGAUCAAUUUGUCAAAAUGUUUGUGAAAACAAAUAAACUGUUGACAGAUCAAGAUUAUCAUCAACUACAGAGCAAUCCAAACUUACCUUUACAAUGUGCAAAAAGUAAAGCAUCAAUUGGAGGAAUGUUUGCGAGAGAUCAGAAUGGAAAAUUAGCUCUUCUGUUUUAUGUUAAUAGAAUCUCAGCAGCAGGUUGUUGGGGAUAUUAUUUGCAUCUUCAGGAAGGAUCAAAAAUCCAACAAGAAUACUUUAAUUUCCACAAUGUUGACAAAGACUUUCAAAAAGUUGCUUACCUUCAGCUUUCCACUUCGUAUAACUUCACGGUGAUACCGUUACCCAAUGGUCCACCAAAACAUUUAGUUUUCACAUCACCAAGUCCAUGUGUGUUUGAUUUGAUAUAUGAAAUAACUAUGGAAAUGAGAAUUUCGAAUAUCUUCGAUGGAUGUAAUUUACCAGGAUUUGUUGAGAAGAGAGCUAUGGCUGAAAAAAUAUGUAAGGCGUAUCCUAGCAACAAAAAGAUGCAAAUUCAAGUUGUCAGACAUGAGUUACAAAAUACAAACUGCAUGUUAAAUUGGAAGAAGAUUUAGAAAUAAAUAUACUCACAAAAUUUGAAAGUUGAUCUUUCAAGAUAUUGUACGGUGUAAAUUUCUACUUGCUAUAUAAAAGUUGUUACGUUAUUAUAAUCAUUCUUAUGCUGUAUAAAUAAUUAUUUAACUCUUGAUGAGUGUAUAAACUUGAAAUGUAAACUACCAAAUUGGAAUAAAAUCUGAUUUUUAAUACAACUUAAUAUAUGUGUAUUUGUGUCAUAUACCAUUUUGCGAGUGGCUUAAAUACACACAGCAUUGCAACUUUUGUUUGUUCACGAGCUGUUUUCUUGAUAAAAAAUAAUUUUUCUGAUUUUGUUCUUGAAGCAUGUUUCAGUGUGAAUGCCUUAUUCCAAAAAAAAAUUUUUUUUUUUAAAAAAAAGGACAAAAAAAUAAUUAAUAUGUGUCGUAAUUCUCACCUCAUCAACGACGUGUUCCUUCGCCUAAGAUCAAUAUUACGAUGGCUCUUCGUAAAUGAAACACUGCGUACUUCUUGUACAAUACUGCACACUUCCUAUUCAACACUGCACACUUUUUGCACAACACUGCACACUUCUUUUACAACACUGCACACUUCUUACACAACACUGCACACUUCCUUUACAACACUGCACACUUCUUACACAACACUGCACACUUCCUUUACAACACUGCACACUUCUUACACAACACUGCACACUUCCUUUACAACACUGCACACUUCCUUUACAACACUGCACACUUCUUACACAACACUGCACACUUCUUUUACAACACUGCACACUUCUUUUACAACACUGCACACUUCUUACACAACACUGCACACUUCUUAAACAACACUGCACACUUCCUUUACAACACUGCACACUUCUUACACAACACUGCACACUUCUUACACAACACUGCACACUUCUUACACAACACUGCACACUUCUUACACAACACUGCACACUUCCUUUACAACACUGCACACUUCU